AUGUGUGGAGUGCCCCAAGGGACAAGCAUCGGCCCAGUCAUCUCCGUUGCAGUCAUCAACAGUUUUCUGUUCAACUCCAAGUGUGAGGUGCUUGGCACCAGUUUCCUCAGAAGAGACGUGUCGACUCUCCAGAUCCACCUCUGCAUCAUACGAAAUUAUCAGGUUCGUCAUCAAUUCAAACCUGACUUUACUGACCAAAUUAUAACCCAGGCAACCAAACGACUGCCCGUGGUUUUCCGUGCAAGGUCCUCCGGUGCAAAGGAGAACCCUGUACCAACUGUACUGCCAAAGGUGUACGCGUGUCCGUCCGGCGUGACACUCCGCUCUCACCGCCGCACAGCGAGCCAGUCUAGAGCCAAAACGUCCCGGUCUUUCCGUAACAAUAACAACUCGGCGUCAAAAGCACGUUUCCUAAUCUGUGUCACCUUAUUGUCCUGCAAAUAUUAUCUCCGCACGCCCCAUUGGUACAUGAUAUGGGCUUUAUCUAGGUCUUCCUUUGGCACAGAGGGCUGUCUGUGGAGCAUGGCGGCUCCUCCACAGCUACGUGAUGUUAAUGUCAGAGUGGAGACGCAGGACAGCAAGAAGCCACAUUGUUUGGUGGACAUGACUGUUGUGAACAAUUCUGAAAAAGACCAGAUAGAGAACAUCAGCCUAGAGUUAAGCCCAGAAGCUAUCACCGCGGCUGUUGAAUCCCUGAGCAAAGUGCGAGCGCAGCUGGACUCCAUUGCCAAGAAAACUAAAGCUUAAGGUCCUCUUAUAGUAUGAAGAGGAAGGAAGAAGAAGAAAGCAAAAGGGGUGAAAGAGAAAAAAAAAGAAAUGUCAAUUUAGAAAUUCUUUUGUAAAACACUAGUUGAUUCAGAUGAUGUGACAGACAGCAGUAAAUCCAUGUGAGGACUCACGAGCGUAGACAAAG